AAUUCAAUUUCGGUUCGUUGUCAUAUUCAAUUUCCCAGAGAAGAAGAAGAAACUUCUUCAACCGUCAUGCGACCAACACAGCCACCGGAACUAGCCGUCACCGGUUCCUCCGAGAAUCCCCAGGGAGGACUUUCCGGCGUAGUGAAACGAGCUAUAGUGAUCGGAAACGGCUGCGCCGGCGCAGAGAAUCAGUGCUUCGGCCUUGUUCGAUCCUUGGGCCUUUACGAUCGCCACCUCUACUAUAGUGUAGCUAGGCCAAGAGGAGGAAUCAGCAGGUGGCUUCAUUGGCUUCCUAUCUCGUUUUACAAAAAGCUUAACCAUUUCAUCAGCUGUGUAUGUUCUGGAUUCUCCAUUAAAGCAAAUGAAUCGGGUUUCAGAAGAUCUGGAAUCGAGGAUGUGUUUGAGGUAGCUGAUGCGAAGCAGAUUGCUGCCAUGGCUCGUCGUACGAUUGACAAGAGUGGCCCUUUGUUAGUGGUGGCAUCUGGUCGUGAUACUAUCUCUGUCGCAAGCUCCAUUAGACGACUUGCUAUGGAUUAUGUCUUUGUUGUUCAAGUGCAACAUCCAAGGUCGCGUCUCGAGAGAUUUGAUCUAGUAAUCACACCUCGUCAUGAUUACUUCUCUUUAACACCUGAAGGGAAGAGGCAAGUUCCGUUCUUUCUCAGGCCAUGGGUGACUCCACGUGAACCUCCAGGUAGAAAUGUGUUUUUGACUACUGGAGCUCUUCACAAUGUUGACGCAUCUACUCUGAGAAACGCUGCUUUGGAAUGGAAGGACGAGUUUGCCUCGCUGUCGAAACCUUUGGUUGUGGUUAAUAUCGGAGGACCUACAAGGAACUGUUUGUAUGGUGUUGAUCUUGCUAAGCAGUUGUGUGGUAUGCUUCACAGUAUCCUCUGGAGCUGUGGAAGCCUAAGAAUAUCUUUCUCGAGACGAACACCGAAGAAGGUCAAAGAGAUUAUAACUAGAGAACUGAGGUCUAACCCGAAGGUUUACAUUUGGGAUGGAAAAGACCCUAAUCCGCAUUUGGGGCAUCUAGCUUUAGCCGAUGCUUUUAUCAUAACUGCUGACUCUAUAAGUAUGUUGAGCGAAGCGUGUACUACCGGGAAGCCAGUGUAUGUUGUGGGUGCUGAACGGUGUACAUGGAAGUUCUCUGAGUUCCAGAAGACCCUUCGUGAAAGAGGAGCUGUUCGACCUUUAACCGGCAAAGAAAAUAUGGUUGAGAAGUGGAGUUACACUCCUCUUAACGACAAUGCAGAAGCUGCAGAGCGUGUGAUUGAAGAUCUAGCUGAGCGUGGAUGGAAAAUUGAGGCGUGAACAAGUUUUGAAGAGUAUUGUAUUUUCUCUUAGCCAAUAGAAUGAGGUUGGUAAUUAGCAGCGAUCUGUUUGAAGAUCGAAUCAUAAACUCAAGGUCAUACACACACGUAGCUCAUUUGUUGAAACUAGUAGCGAUAGGAUGUUGUUAGUUCUUUGUUUUUUCCCCAUUUGGAUAUAGUGAUCUACUGGUUUGUUUGAAACUUGAAAUAAUGUUUUUGAACUUUUUUUGGUAAGAUGGUAUAUUAAAAAGUUUUUAAGUA